CACAACAGUAGAUUGACGUCACUCGGGAGCCUGGCCCGGCUAACUGUCAUCCGUGAAGAAGGGAAGGACAUGACAUGGAGCUAAAUCUUCCGAUGUACAGUUAUAUAUGCGUCUUAGCGUGUAAAAAAGCGUAGAGCCAUUUUUGGUAUUUAUGUUCCCUGUUAGCUGUUCUAUCGUUUCUACAGCUUGAACAAACAGUGGCUAGCUAAGCAGCUAGCUAGCUUAUAGUUAACUUACUGUAACUGUUAAAGGCAGAAAGCCUCCGCAUGGCGUUAAUCCUGUUUACGAGGUCUCGGGCACCUUUAAUGAAAACGUCCCGGUCGUUAAAGAAUGAUUUCCAGAAAGGUAAAGGGAAACUAAAAGAUGGUUCCUGUUUCAAGUGCACAGCGCUCAGACUCUCCAGUCAAAAACUUGAUGGGCUCCGACUGGGCAACUUGGCUCAGAUCUCUUCAUUGGGCUCUUCCCUCCACGGGUCAGACGGAUAUGUGGGCCCCUGCCAGAACCUGGACUCACAGCGGCUCUACUGCGCUUUUGUGUUGGGGGCCUCCCCUUCCCCGUACCCCGCGAUCACAGCGGGGCCCCAGUGGACGAGAGCACAUCAUCAGGACAUCCCCGGCGUCAGGUGGAUACACACCUCGAGGAGACGAUGGGACGAUUCAAAGGUGGAGAAGUCACUGCGUUCGUUAAAGGACAAGAAGAAGAAGCUGGAGGAAGGGGGGCCGGUGUACAGCCCGACGCUGGACGCUGAGCCCGUAAGACGGACUCUCCGACAGCGCGUCAUAGACGAAAUCAAGCACUACUAUCAUGGCUUCAGGCUGCUGUGGAUUGACACCACCAUUACUGGGAGAAUGCUGUGGAGGGUACUGAACGGUCACCCUCUGUCCCGCCGUGAGAGGAGACAGUUUCUCAGAACGUGUGCGGACGUCUUCAGACUUCUUCCCUUCCUGGUGUUCAUCAUCGUCCCCUUCAUGGAGUUCCUGCUUCCUGUAGCCUUGAAACUCUUCCCCAACAUGCUGCCGUCCACCUUCGAGACUCAGUCAAAGAAGGAGGAGAGAUUGAAAAAGGAACUGAGGGUCAAACUGGAGAUGGCCAAGUUCUUGCAGGACACCAUCGAGGAGAUCGCUCUGCGGAACAAGGCUGCCCAAGGCAAUGUGACGGAGGAGUUCUCCACCUUUUUCCAGAAGAUCCGGGACUCUGGGGAGCGUCCCAGUAAUGAGCAGAUCAUCCGCUUCUCCAAACUGUUUGAGGAUGAGCUGACUCUGGACAACCUGACCCGACCUCAACUGGUGGCACUCUGCCGCCUUCUGGAGCUCCAGUCCAUCGGGACCAACAACUUCCUCCGUUUCCAGCUCAUCAUGAAGUUGAGGGCCAUCCGUGCCGAUGACAAGCUGAUAGCAGAAGAGGGGGUGGAGAGUCUGAAUGUGAACGAGGUGCAGGCUGCCUGUCGUGUCAGAGGGAUGAGAUCUCUCGGAGUCACAGAGGAGCGACUGAGAGAGCAACUUGUGCAGUGGCUGGAGCUGCAUCUGAACCAGCAGAUUCCCACCUCUCUGCUGCUGCUGUCUCGAGCCAUGUACCUGCCCGACACCCUGUCUCCCGCCGACCAGCUGAAGACCACACUGCAGACGCUUCCUGAGAUGGUGACAAAGGAGGCCCAGUUAAAGGUGGCAGAGAUGGAGCUCUCUAAAGUGGACAAUAAGACCAAACUGGAGACCACGCUGCAGGAGGAGGCGGCCAUACGCCAGGACAACAAAGACAGAGAGAUGGAGAGGUUGGCUGAUGCUGCAGAAAAGGCUGCAAGGGAAGGGGAGUUGGAGCUGGAAGCAGAGAGAGUCAAGCACAGCCAAGCGGAUGCAGAGCAGGCGCUGUCUAAGGCUGACAAGGCCGCUCACUCAGAGAAACUGAGGGAUACGGCCCCCGUCAUCGAGGGAAUCAAGGGUGAGGAGAUCACCAAAGAAGAGAUCGACCUGUUGAGUGAUGCCUGCUCGAAGCUGAAGGAGCAGAGGAGGCUGUUUACUCUGGAGAAAGAGGAGCUGGAAGAACUGAAGGAUGACGUCCAGGAAUACAACGAGGAUCUGGAGGAGAUAAAGAAGGAGCUUUCUAAGACCGGUCAGGAGAAGGCACUGCAGGAGUCGAAGGCGAGCAAGCGUUUGACUAAGAGAGUGAACCACAUGAUCGGUCGCAUCGACAAGAUCAUCGGGGAGCUGGAGAAGGACAAGGUCACCCUGGACGGACAAAUGGACGGCGGAACCAGCCCACCUGUUGGUCUGUUCUACACCUUCAGGGAAAACCUCAUCAGCAUCGACGAGCUGAUCCAGGUCAUGAGGCAGAUCCAGAACAUUCCAGAGCACAAGCUGCAGAGCAUCGCCGAGGCCCUCGACGACAACAAGGACGGCAAGAUCGACAUCGACAACGUCAUCAAAGUGGUGGAACUGAUCGACAAAGAGGACAUCGACAUCUCCACCACUCAGGUGGCCGACAUCAUGGUGAUGCUACAGAAGGAGGAGAAGCUGAUAGAGAAAGAAAAGGCCAAAGAGAAGGCGGAGAAAGAACAGGCAGCCACACUCACCAGCUAACUCACACAGAGAGAGAGCACUUAAAAAAAAAAAGAGGAGUUUGUGACUGGUACCCGGUCACAGAAAACUGUUAAGACAUCAGAUCGUUCCAGAUAAACUGGUGAUGAAGAGUCGGGAGUUAAACAGCCGCCUUCUCAAAACGUCACCAGAAAUCAAUGAACGGUGAUAAAAAUUAAGAAAAGAGAAAAAAAAGAGAAAAAAAGGCUUAUCGCCUUUAAACGCACAAAAUCAAAUCAAAAAGAAACUUAAAUUGCUAUCAUGUUAAGCUCUUCUAGAUUGAUCAUGUAAUAUAUGUUGAUAUUUGGGUUUGUGUAAUUUUACUAAAUUAUUUAUUGACAUAGGGAACAUAGUGACAUGAAACCAUGGUUGUUCUCUCAACUUAAGAGUUGGAAAAGGAGAAAUUGAUCAGAAAUUAUGUUUUGGAAAUAUGGAUAUAUUAUUAGGAGACACUUUGUUUAAGUUUGAGGUGAACCGUCUUGCCUUUUUAAUUUCAUUCAUGUCAUCAUCUCAGAGAAAUGAAACACAUUCAUUUCUGGACUUUGCACAGUUAAAAAAAAAAAAAAAUCAUUGUCAUCACUGUCAUUCCACUCAGUUUGUUUUCCUCUUUUGAUUUUGUUUAUCCACCAAACUCCCGUUUUGUAAAGUAACUUAUUUUUUUUUCUAAGUUGUACUUGGACAGGUAGCUUAUUGCUGGCUAUAGGGUGUUUUUAAAAAUGGUGGCAGCAACCAAAGACAUAAGACACAAGGUAAAGAAUCACGGGAAUGUAUUCAAAACUGUCAUAAUUAUGUGGUCAGUUUUAAAAAAGUCGAAUAUAAAAUUGCACAUAUUCAUUCUAAUAUUAAUACAAUCAUAGCUUUAGCUUCAUUAUUCCCUUUAAAAAAUUCAAAUAAAUGGAGGAUUCAUACUUAAGAAGUGUUGGAGUUUUGUCCAAACAGGGACUGAAGUGAGCAACUUUUACAUCAAUAUUAAAAGUUACUGUACUGUAAUUUCAUUUUAUUUUGUACUAAUUAGUCUUUUUUUGUUAUGUAUCUGAAUAGUCUCAUUUUUAGCACAGCUCUUCAUAUAUAUUCCUGUUAUGUUCAGUAGCUCUCUCUUAAAAUGCCAAAGUUGCACUGUGGCACAUUUAAUAACUGAUUCUGAUUAUUCCUAAAAAAAAAAAAAACCCAACAAAACUAACCAGUAAAAAACUGACUGAUGUUUAUGAGAAGUGAGGCUCAUAUAUUCAGUAUAGGGACACUAAAAACAGUCCGCUAACUAAAUAUUAGUCAGUUGUUGCUGUGACUAUUUAGUUAAGUUUAGUUUCUGUGGCAGGAAAUAGUCGUCAGUUGUUUGGAUGAGUCUGGUCAGAGGGUGAAAAAUGGCUGAACAACACGCUCCCUGCUGCUGCCGCGUUAGUGAAUGUUUAAUAGUAUAUUUUGUGCACAUAAGAAGUAUGAUAACUGUGGUAAUCUUGACCUUUUUCAUAGUUGAAACGCGAAGUGGCCUUCUCUUGACGCAGAUAUUACGGAUCAUAUACUGUUCUAUAUUUAUUUUUUGAGUAUUUUUAAGAAGAUGAUAGUGCUCUGAUAUUCUUUUCACGGAUUCACGUGAUGUCGUUUAGUUUAGGACUGAAGAAGUCUGGAUGAAUUCAGUUGUAGAUCAGGUAGUUUGAGUUUUAGGCGCUUACUGAGUCCUCUUCUUCUUCUUUUUCUUUUUUUUUUUCCUUCUUUGCAUUGUAGCCUUGAAUGUGUGUGGAGUGGAAACAGGAAAUACUCAGGACGAAGUGAUGAUUUCAGUUAAUAUUGACAGUCAACUACUCGGCAUGAAAUUCAUCCUGGUUUGUUUGACUCUGUUCACACUGCAAGCAGCUUAAAUAUUCCUCACGAGUUUCUAAAGGCGCCAUGAUGACGUUUUAUCCAAACAACAAUCCAAAACUCCAAAAUGUUCACUGAAUGUUUGAAAUUUUUGCUCAAAGUUUUGCUAUUCGAUUUGAACAUACUGGAAAUUUUCCAUCGCUUUUAGACGCAUCUCAUGACCUUCAUCGGUGGUUAGAGUUGAACUGAACCAUUUCCAUGACAACAGAGCAAACUCUGUCAAGGAUGGAUAUUUGACUCAAAUGCUCAAAACAUCCGGAUCUAGUGCUAAUAAUGUUUUUUCCUAAAUAUUUUUCAAUAAUAAACCUUCAAGAUCAAAUGAAUUGAUUACCAAAAUAUCAUUGAUUCAUUUUCUGUUGAUUGACUAAUCAAUGAAUUGAAUGUGAGAGGCUACAAAUGCUUUGUCUGUGUAUUUUUCUAAGCUGUGUUUUCACAUUUCUAAUGCUAAUCCUAUAGUUAAACAUAAAAUAAUUUGUGAAAUGAGAAAUAAUUACAGCUUCACUGAAUCCAGUAACAGAUUCACACUCCAUGCUUGUUUUUUCAAAUAACAGGCUAAUGGAGAAACACUGAAACACAGAAUCAAAUGCUUAGGUUAUCAAUAACAUUACAGCUGAUUAAUAUCUCAGCUGACAUGUUCCUUGACGGCAGUUUCUCAGAUUGUUCAGCUUUAGAGGAGCUGAGUAGUUUGUGGUGUUGCUUGCAGUGUGAACCCACAGUAAAGGGUUGAUCCACCUCUAUCUGUCGAGUCGAGCUGAAUAUUGGGUUAGUUUGUUAUUCCUCCACAGUAACCAGAGAAGAGCUCAGGUGUAAACGUGGAUGACAAAGUGGUACUUGAGAUAACGCUGAGUGGACAACGCUCCGUUUUAAUCCGUUCCCGGAAUCCUGCUGUCGUACACGUGGAUGAUUAAGAGCACGUUGGUCUUCCAUCAGGCACCGUCUCGGUUCAGACCCAGCGUUUGCCUGACAGAGACGAGGGCUCUGCUUCGCCUGGGACCAGUCAGACUGAUGGGCGCAGGGUAAACACUCGCCCCAUACAUGGGCCAAAGCCAGCCACACUGGGAGGGUUGUGUUUAGGUUGGAGACGGUCUGGCGGGACAUGGCAUGCGCUCUGCCGCAUAAAUCAGCAGCCAGUGUAAACACGUCACAAGAACGUUGUGACAACUUCUCGAUUACACUCGGCAGGAGAGAGCGGUGUUUGUGUCCCCGCUCCUGACAGGUCGGGCUCAGGGGAGCGCUGUGUACAUUAGCAGCACUGCCACUGUUUCUAGGCACAGAGGGGUCAAAGGUCAGAGGAAAAUGUACGCCAGAGUAUGUAUGCAACACUGAUGUAGAUCUCUACUCAGGGUUUCAGUUCCAGUCGGUUCAGAAAGGGGUGAAAUGAACAGAAUUAAUCUGACAACAGCGCCGUGUGGAAAAAAAACUGCCCCCUUCAUUCAUUUCAAUGAAGCCACUGUGCCGACGAAGACGGCUCUGAAAAAAGGUUGUCGGGCAAAGAAGUGGAACCUGGCUCAGCUUUUGCAGCGUCAUGCUUCGUCCAAACACAUACGUGCGAGUACACAUUCCUGGUAGAUUUCCUUUUUAACACUUUACCUGACGAUCGUAGCAGCUGAGGAGAAAAUGAUUUAUGCAGUAAAAUCCUUCCUCGUAGUGUUAAACCUUCAAACUCUCUUGAUUUACGACUCAAUCUGGUCUUUCUGCAUAUUCCAUCAUCUUACUGGUGGCUGAAACUACAAACCAACGCAGCUCCUGGCCCUUUUUAACACAGUGCUGUUUCUGGUCUGAAUGCCCAGUAAGACAAAUGUAAAUGUGGAUAAUAUGAAAAACUAUUGAUGUUUAAGUCCUGAUUAGAGCUGCAAUUAUCAACUAUUUUCACUAUCAAUAAAUCUCCUGAUCACUCCCGGUAGUUGAUUAAUUGUUCAGUCUUCUCUCUCAGCCCCAAUGCUGACAUUUAUAAAGACAUUAAACAGAGAAAAUCAACAAAUUAUCACGUUUCCGUGGUUGGAGCUGGAGAAUAUUUGGCAUUUUUGCUUGAUAAAUGACUUGAUCAGUUGUUGUUGACUAACUGUUUCAGCUCUAAUGCUGUCCAACCAACAGUCCAAAACCAGAAGAUAUUCAUUAUAAACCGAUAUAAGACGGAGAAAAGCAGCAAAUCCUCACAUUGACGAAGCUGGAAAAAAGCAAAUAUUUGGCUUUUUUUUGCUCGAUAAAUAGCUGAUUAAUUAUUGAUUAACUAAUAAUUACUACUAGUUCUGAUGCACGAUUGGUCACAUCUUUGCAUCUCCAGGCCUACACUGUUAUUUCAUGUAUCGGUUUUUUUAUCGCAAAGAUGAAUUUUCAGCCGUACAUCGAUACUGCACUGAUACGGUGUGACAGUCAGACUCCUCACAAGCUACCAGGAUGUGAUUAUGAUGUAUGAAAACCUGUCAAACCUUCAAAAGCACUCAAGAAAUACCGGGAAAAAAAAUAAUUACAUUUUGAAACGGAAAACAUGUAGGAACCCUGAUAUGAAUAUCAGCUGAAUACCACAUGCCAGCCACCGAGCAGAGACCUGUAAACAGCUUAUAUCUCCAAAACACAGACGUCUCUUAUUCACUGGAACAAUACAAAACCCCCAGAACAGCCAUCAUACAUGUUAGUGGAUGAUUCUUGGCUGCAGCGCGAGGAGUCGAGCAGAGAUCACGGCUCACCGCUGGCAGCAGUGUUGCACUGUGUUGUUUAAGCUGCUGUCCUAAAAAAAAAAAAAAAGACUACCUAGAGGAGGAGGAGGAGGAGGAGGAGGGAAGGAGAGAUACAGUUGGCAGCAAAAGCAUUUUGACAGCGAGCUUAAAUGAGCUGUUUUUCAUUGUCAACCAGCUCCGUAGUUGGUUUUUUUUGCCUUCCUUUUGUCUUUCAGUGACUUUAGUUUGACGGGAAAAAAAAUGUCUGAUUUUAGCUCGCUGUUGUCCAGUAGUAUUGCCGCUGUGUAAAUGCACUAUUUCGUUUCGGAUGGAGUAAGUGUGCGUUAACCGUGUGAACUCAGGGUGUGAAUGUUGGUGAAUCCGAUGUGUCGGGAGCGUCGAGUCUCAGCGGGGAGCUGAAGUAGCGUGUUGCGAUCUAUGAUACAAACCGUCCUAAAAAAAAAAGUCAAAAAGUUGUGGAUCUUGUAUAGUAGAAGAACAAAUAUUUAAAGCAAUAAGUCAUUUAUGCAUCAUGAACCUUUUUUUGAAUUUUGUUUUCUCCCAGUUUGAGGAAAGUGUUUAAUUUGUUAAAUAUAUAUUGUGAUAUAUAUAUAAAUAUCAUUUAGAAAAAAAGAAGUGAACUCCACAUGCUAUCAGUAAGACAGAGGAUGUUAUAACCGCCUCUUUUCUCUGAUACCACUCUGAUAUUCUGCUUAUUUUGGGAGUUGAUGCACAUGUAAUUAACAUUUUUUUUUAAGUAUUUUGCACCAGCCCUUUUUAAUCACUAGAGGAAUGCUACUUUUUGUAGAAUAUAUAAAGAGUUGAGUCUUUCGGUGGAAGCGGGGGGGAGUCCUGGUUUAGUUGCAGACAAAAAGGGCAGCUGGAACCUGACGGGAGGUGAAUUCAGGAUCUUUUAAUGUCAGGGAAACACGGAGUCAAGAGUCUGUCUGCUUCUACAGAGGAGCAGCUCAGACCUCAAGUUCAUACAGAAAACUGAAUUAGAUGUAUGAAGCUACAUUUAACUGCAUCGUUUUACACUGAAGAUUUGUUCUAAAGAGCAACUUUCAUCUUAGAAAGGCUUAAAAGCCUCAGUUUGGCCGUCACAAUCAGUUUACAUCAUGUUAAACCCCGAAUAAAAAUAUUCAAAAGUAUUCUAGAAAGAAGAAAAAAUAGGAAUCCAGUGUUGAUCUUCUAAAGUUUGAUAAGUAAAUCAAAAAAAAAUAAUGACCUGUUGCAGUAUAAUCUUCUAACUGAUUAUGUUUUUGAAAUCAUACUAAAAAUUCAAGAAAAAGAAAAAAACAGUAGUCAUUGACAUAUAAUAUCAAAUAUAGCCUACUGCAGUUUAUUUUGAAUUAAUAAUUGCCAUGUUAUUUAUUUAUAAAUAUAAUCAGAUUUUCCAAUGUUUCCUUUUUUUUUUUUUUUUUUUUUCCAUCCAAAUGUGGAUUCAGGACAUGACCGGGUACUGGAUUUGAUUUGUAGUUGAACUUGAAUCUCAAAUGUAUAAAAAAGCUUCAGUUUUCUUUUUUUUCUUCUUUUUUUUUUUAACACAAAUCAAGUGUUUAUGUUAAGAAACAUCAUUUAACAAAAAUCAGAAGUGUUGAAUAAAUUGUGGAUGAUCCUUGA